AUGAUUGUCAUCAUGAAGUGCUUGUGCAAGGCAGUUCCUCCGGAUAGUAUUGAAGAUUAUACUGCAAUGGGUGCGUGUACCAUCUACAGGUAUCCGAAGAGGUUUCUUGAUGCGCUGAUGUAUGGUUUUAACGACAAAUACAUGCGUAGGCCCUCCCAGGAUGAUACGGGAAGGUUGUUGAGAGAUAAUGCUGUGAGCGGUUUUCCUGGGAUGCUAGGAAGUAUUGAUUGUCUCCACUGGAAAUGGAUGGCCUGCCCAACUUACAGGGCGGGUCAACAUUAUUCGGGCCAUAAGAGAGCACCCACGGUCAUCUUAGAGGAGGCUGCUUCUUUCGAUAGAUGGUUUUGGCAUGGAUAUUUUGAAAAACCUGGGUCAAACAAUGAUAUCAAUGUUUUGAACCAUUCUGAUGUGUUUGACAACGUCAAUAAUGGUGUUACCCCCCGGUGGGAAUACGAAGUAAAUGGUCACAGAUACACUGAAGGUUACUACUUGGCUGAUGGUAUAUAUCCAAGGUAUAAAGUACUCGUGGCUUCUUACAAAGAAGCGACCCUAAGUCGAAAAAAGAAACUCCUCAACACAUACCAAGAGUCAAAGAGGAAAGAUGCGGAAAGAGCUUUGAGUACUAUGAAACGCAAAUUUGCUAUUGUGAAAAAUCCGUGUAUGUAUUGGAAAAAAUCAGAUAUGAAAUCAAUAAUGAGAGGAUGCAUGAUAAUGCACAACAUGGUUGUGGAGAACAAGAAUCGUGCAUAG